AUGGCGUCCGUUCGAUUGCGGAUCCCGAAAGCUCGGGAACCUUCUCAGGCUCACCUGUCGAGCGAAUGGCGAGGCGGCGCAGCCCACGCGGGCGAGCCGAGCGCAGCCACCACCGCGCACCACAAGAGCGAGCGCCGCCCACGGACGAGGCUGCGCAGCGACCCGAGCACACCGGCAUUUCAGCCGCGCGCCCAAGCAGUAACUCAAGCACAGAUGCGCUCGUACGGGGCUGAACUGGGUGGCGGGAGCGGCGCCAUCAUGCGCUCCGCUGCUGCCUGCGGCUCGCCGCUGCAGCGACUUGCCGGCGGCUUCCACCGCCCCGAACUGCUCGGCGGCGCCGGCACCACCUGCGCGUUAAUCAACAACUACGCUGGCACCAAGCUCAUUCUUUGCAGCUGGGCGCCGUGGAUACGUAUGGCGGCGUGCUGGACUGAUCCAUUUUGCGAUGAGCAGUGA